AUGUCUACCAACGACGACGACGACAACACCCUCACCACCUCGCUCCGUGACCUGAUCUAUGCCAACCACAUCCUCCACCACCACGGCGUCGUCGACGCCUACGGGCACGUCUCGAUCCGUCACCCGACUGAUGCCUCAAUCUACAUCAUGUGCGGCUAUAUGGCGCCAGCCAUGGUGUCGUCCCCGGCGGACCUGAUCCACUACCACGUGUCGACGUCGGAGCCGGUCGACCCCAGCGCGAAAAAGGGCUACUCUGAACGGUUCAUCCACGGCGAGGUCUUCCGGCGUUUUCCCAGUGUCAACUGCGUCAUCCACAGCCACGCCGAAGAGGUGCUGCCGUACGUCGUGAGCACGGGAGUGUCGCUGCGCGCCGUCUACCACAUGGCCGGGUUCCUGGGGUCCAAGCCGGUAAAGGUGUUCGACAUCGACCCGCACUACCGCGAAGGUGACCAGCGGGACAUGCUGGUCCGGCAGGCCCACACGGGUGCUGCGCUCGCGAGUGUCUUUGGCGAUUCCGGCGCGGGUUCGGAUGGCUCUCAGGCACCGGUGCCCGAAGAGACCGUCGUGCUGAUGAGACGCCACGGCUUCACGACCGUCGCCGACAACCUGGUCACCGCCGUCUACCGGGCCAUAUACACGCGCAUCAACGCCGAGGCGCAGACAAAGGCCAUGACGAUCGCGAGGAGCGUCUACGGCGACCAGGUGGAAAAGGGCGGGUUUGAGGGACUCACGCCGUUGCAAGGGGAAGGCUGUGGUCUCAUGUGUGAGCAGUAUCAGGAUAAACCUUGGAGGUUGUGGGUUAGGGAAGUUGAGAUGAAUCCGCUCUAUGUGAACGAGUUGAGCGAGAGGAAGAAGGGGUAG